AUGCUGCAUGUCCGGAUGAUGCUAAUUUAUGAGGGCCAGUUGGCUGGAGUCCAGGAGAGGGUAUUGAAAGCCUAUGCCCGGGAAAUACUUGGUAACGGGAGUCGCUUAUUAAAAGUUGAAGCCCUGCGCUGCCACCUGGUGGUCAAGUGUGGGAAGUGCGACAACACGGGUGUGUCCGGGCCCGUGCGAGGUCAGAGAGGGCGGCGGGAAGGUGUGAACUUGGCGCAGAAGUUAGGAAGACAUUUGAGGCGGAGGGCUGGAGGACACUUGAGACAUUUGAAGCAGAGGGAGCAUGGCAGGAAGGUUCCAGUCUUGGCACCGUGCGUGCAGAACAUGAUGAUCUUGGUGGGCCGGGAGGAAAGCCCUGGUCCCAAUAACCCAGGAUCCUUUGUCCCAGAGCAGUUUAUGGAUCUCAAGGAUCCAUGCACCAUCGGCGUCAAGAAGAAAACCAAACACUCACUUCCAUGGGACUGCUCGUCACAACAGGGCUUGGGUGCAUUGCCCCACAUUGGUCGGUUCCACCGUGGUGACGCUGGGCCACAGAAGAUAACCGGAACCCUCGACUAUGUGGAGAAGCAGAUCCCUGUGCUAGCUGAGAGUACUGACGUCAAUGCCUUAGUAGAGGAGAUACAGAAAGCGGAGCCGGUAAUCACAGCUUCACGAUCAGACCAAGUAAAGCUUUUACUACGGAGAUUACAAGACAAACUCAGGCAGCACAGCAACCACCAAUUCUAUCUUUUUAAGGUUCUCAGAGCACAUAUACUGCCAUUGACUAAUGUUGCACUUAAUAAAUCGGGGUCUUGCUUUAUUACAGGAAGCUAUGAUCGGACGUGUAAACUUUGGGAUACUGCAUCUGGAGAGGAGCUUCAUACCCUGGAGGGCCACCGGAAUGUGGUUUAUGCCAUAGCAUUCAACAAUCCGUAUGGUGACAAAAUUGCCACUGGAUCCUUUGAUAAGACUUGUAAGCUAUGGAGUGUAGAAACGGGAAAAUGUUACCAUACCUUUAGAGGUCAUACAGCAGAAAUAGUGUGUUUGUCAUUCAAUCCUCAAAGCACCCUCGUGGCCACUGGCAGCAUGGACACAACAGCCAAACUGUGGGACAUUCAGAACGGAGAGGAAGCGCUCACUCUGACGGGACAUUCGGCUGAAAUCAUCUCUUUGUCCUUUAACACCUCGGGAAACAGAAUCAUCACAGGGUCUUUUGAUCAUACAGUUGCAGUGUGGGAAGCUGAAACUGGAAGGAAGGUGUAUACCCUAGUUGGGCAUUGUGCUGAGAUUAGCAGUGCUUUAUUCAACUGGGACUGCUCUCUGAUAUUAACCGGCUCUAUGGACAAAACCUGCAUGCUGUGGGACGCUGCAAAUGGAAAAUAUGUGGCAACAUUAACAGGCCAUGAUGAUGAAAUACUAGACAGCUGUUUUGAUUACACUGGAAAACUUAUUGCUACUGCUUCAGCCGAUGGAACGGCAAGGGUUUUCAGUGCAGCCACAAGGAAAUGCAUUGCCAGAUUGGAAGGCCACGAAGGUGAAAUUUCAAAGAUUUCUUUCAACCCCCAAGGGAAUCGUCUUCUAACGGGCAGCACUGAUAAGACAGCGAGAAUCUGGGAUGCUCAGACUGGUCAGUGCCUCCAGGUUCUUGAGGGGCACACUGAUGAGAUCUUUUCGUGUGCUUUCAACUAUAAAGGCAACAUAAUCAUUACAGGUAGCAAGGAUAAUACGUGUAGGAUAUGGCGUUGACAGAAGAGAGCCGGUUGGUGAGCGGAUUUGCUAGCAGUGGAGGUGAAGGUAGAGCUUCACAGUUGUCAAGCAAGCUAUUUUCAUGUUUCACAUCUUCUCUUCUUCCGCAAGGCAACUACAUGCUGUCCUUAGCUUCGCAGAUAUGACCGUUAAAACUAAUAAACUUACAUCACGUCUUCAUAGUAUUUGAUGGAAAUGGUAGGAGAGACCACAAUGUGUGGCCAAUGUCACUGGUGAUUGCAUCUUUGUUUUUAUUUUUAGUAGCAUCAUGAUAGUGAUAAAGGAAAUCAGAGUGAUUUCACGGUGUGUCUCAGAUUCUCCUUUGAAAGCUCUUAUAAAAUCUGUUGAAUAAAGGUUUUGGAAGCAGU